AUGGCGGACGAUCUAUCUAUCCAGUGCGAUCAACUGUUUAUUGAGGGUGAAGAUGAUGAUAUUGUAGACCUUGUGGAUGUUGGAGAUAAUACGGUGGACGAUGAAAUUGAGCUCUCUCUUGUGGGGAGGAUCCAAUCUUCGAGAGCGUAUAAUUUUGGGGCCAUGAAGAAUACGAUGAAUCAAAUGCGGUCGUUGUCCAAAAGAGCAAUCUUUCGAGAAAUAGAGAACGACCUUUUCAUCAUCCAGCUCUUUCAUUGGAAGGACAAAGAGAAGGUAUUAAACGGUAGGCCGUGGUGUUUUGACCAUAAUCUGAUAGUGCUGCAAGAAAUUCCGAAGGGGGUGCAACCGACGAAGGUUGUCCUAGACAUGAGCCCUUUCUGGAUUCGGAUUUAUGACCUACCGCUAGAUUGCCAGUCAAGUCGGAGUGUUCGUAGCCUGGCUGGGAAAGUAGGAGAAGUGUUGGAGGUUGAGGAAAGUCAAUGA